UUUCCACAAUAUUGAUAUUGUAUCAUAUCAUGCAACAUGGAUCCUGUUCUACUUAAUAACACCCUGGGAACCAUUACCUCACGCCUGGAUCACUUGACUCAGUCGGUUCAGAACUUACAGCUGAAAACUAUUGAUUUACAAAAUCAAUUAUUAACUUUGCAAAACCAGACGCAUCACACGCCUUUUAUUAUGGAACCUCAAAUGGUUCUUCCGGAAAAGUUUUCUGGUGAACGUUCUCAAUAUAGAACCUUUAUAAAUGAAUGCAAUCUCCUAUUCUGUCUCAAACCUAGGACUUACAACUCUGAUCAGGUCAAAGUCCGUACCAUAAUUUCACUCCUAAAUGGAGAGCCUGCUAAAUGGGCCCACCAGUUAUUGGAAACUGAUAAUCCUAUAUUAAAUUCCUUGGAAAACUUUAUUCAGGAAAUGUCUCAAAUUUACGAUGAUACAGUUUAUACUGCAGAGACUGAUAUAAGAGGAAAAACACAGGGGCGUUCUCAUGUGGAAGACUACAUUGUUUCUUUUAGAAGAUGGUCUGGGGACACAUCCUGUAAUGAAACCGCUUUAAAAAACCUAUUCUACCUAGGGCUCUCAGAAUACCUUAGAGAAGAAUUCGCAAGGACUGGAAUACCUGUCAGACUUACAGAAUUAAUGGAUAUGGCUAUAAAACUUGACAGGAGGCAUAAAGAGCUAAAUAUAGAAAAUAACUCUUCUCCAAUGCCCUUAUUGAGGUCUCCUGCUGUAGAACCUGUUAAAUCUGAAGCUAUGGAUGAUGCUGUUAUAAGUUCUCCUCUAAGAGAGGAUGAAGAGAAAAGACAGCCAUGCUGUCUGUACUGUACCGGUCCGGAUCAUAUGUUGGAGAACUGUCCUCUGGCAAAGUGGAACAAAUCUGAUAUCACUAUGGGAAGUAAUACAAUUGAAGAACUUAAGAACCUCAUGGACUCAUCAGAUUCUGCCAGUGAUGAGAAGACUGAUGUUAAACUUGCUCCAGAAAUAAAUUGUAUAAGAAAAAAUAAUCAAAGAACGAGGAAAAGAUUUGUAAUAAACAAAGGACAAGAAUAUCCUUUUUCUGUAAAAGCUGAAGAGACUGAUCCCGAUCUUUAUAUUAAGACCGUAUAUACCUCUCAUUCGGGUGAGGAAUCAGACUUGUGUAAAGAAGAAAAUCUUAGCAGUGGCCAUAUUUACACCAUAAAUCAACAGACCGAAUAUAGAUUGCCUAUUAAGGAGGAAAUUGCAUCAUGCAGAAGCCUGUGUGUAGAACCUUUUUCGGAACCUGAAUUUCAUACUGUAAAGGCAGAAUCCACAGCAGAGACACUUUGCCCCUCUACUGAUAAUGUCGUAUCGGCCUCAAGUGAAGAGCAUCUGGAGGAUAAUUAUGGAAAGGCUUCAAAGUCAGACUUGGCAUCUCUUGUCAUUAAAGAGGAAUCUGACUCAUGGGAUGAAGGAGCUUAUAGUGACACAUGUACAACAACAGAUACAAAUACAAAAACAGAAUAUAUACCUAGUAAUCACAGUAAGAAAAGAGACACAUGUGAAAAAAGUUUUUGCAGUACUGAUAUUGAUACACCUGAAAGAAAUACACAAACAGACUCUAUGAAUUUCAAAGGUCCGAUAUCAUCCGGUGAAGGACGUUUUGAAGGUUCUGAAAUGAACUAUACAUCUUUUGUUAUUAAAGAUGAAUGUUCCUCAGGGGAAGAAGAAAAUGAUUAUGACACUGAUCUCUACACAUCCUCAGAUCACACACAGCCAGAUUAUUCAUCUGUUCACAUUAAGGAAGAAUCCACAGGGGAUGAAGGGAAUCUCACAGAUACUGACAGCUAUACAUACCCAGAACAUAAUCAGACAGAAUCUACAUCUGCUGAACUUAAGAAUGAAUCUACAUCAAUUAAAGAUGUAAUUAGCCAGAAAUCACAUAACACAGAGAGGAUGCAUAACUGUUCUGAAUGUGGAAGAGGUUUCACCCAUAAGUCAGAUCUUGUUAUACAUCAGAGACGUCACACUGGAGAGAAACCAUUCCCCUGUUCAAUAUGUGGGAAGUGCUUUGCUACUAAAUCUGAUUGCACAGGACAUCAGAUAGUUCACAGAGAAGAACGUCCAUUUGUGUGUUCUUACUGUGGGAAAAGUUUUAAAACCAGAUCACAUGUUGUGACACAUCAGAGAAUUCACACUGGAGAGAAACCAUUCUCAUGUUCUGUAUGUGGAAAAUACUUUAGCCAAAGCUCAUACCUUAUGUCACAUAGGAAGACUCACACUGGUGAAAGGCCAUUCCCAUGUACUGUAUGUGGAAAACGGUUUACCAAAAAGUCAAGUCUUGUUACUCACCAGAGGAUUCACACAGGAGAGAAGCCAUUUUCGUGUACUAUGUGUGGUAAAUGUUUUACUGAUAAAACAGGUCUGAUAUAUCAUGAAAAAGUUCAUGUAGGGGAGAAACCAUUUUCAUGUUCUGUAUGUGGGAAAUCCUUUACUGAUAGAACAGGUCUUGUGUAUCAUGAAAGAAUUCACACGGGAGAGAAACCAUUUUCUUGUUCUGAGUGUGGGAAAGCUUUCAUUUGUAAGUCUGGUCUUGUUUCCCAUCAGAGGAUCCACACGGGAGAAAAGCCAUUCACUUGUUUGGAAUGUGGAAAAUGUUUCAACAAGAAAGGAAAUCUUGUUAAACAUCGGCUGCUUCAUACAGGAGAGAACCCAUUCUCAUGUUCUCUAUGUGGGAAAGGCUUUUCUGUCAAAUCUAAGCUUGUGAGACAUGAGAAGAUUCAUACUGGUGAGAAACCAUACUCAUGUACAGAAUGUGGGAAAAGUUUCACUGGCAAAGCAAGUCUUAUUUAUCAUCAGAAGAUUCACACAGAAGAUAAUGCAUGGUCGUGUUCUGAAUGUGGACAACAUUUUAGCCAAAAAUCUGAUCUUCUAUCACAUAAGAAGGAUCAUAAAGCAGAAAAGUCUGUUUAACCCCUUCA